AUGCAGUCAAACGAGGGUAGUGGAGUCUGGGACUCUCGGUUCGACGACACGUCUGAUGCAGCUGAUGUGUGGACGCCAUCAUCUGCUUCUAUCGGAAGCCUGGAAACAGACAACAUCUUGCAAGAAGUCCUGAUGCUAGUGCGAAAUGAACUACCUUACGUUCAGCCCGAGCUUCUCACUUUUGACAGCCGCCUGGGUGCUGGCACUAGUUUUGAGGUCACAAUGGAGCUGUUUGGGUUGAUAGGCGAGUCGCCUUAUUUCGUUGCCGUCAAACGACUCGUCAUGGACCGCGUGACUCGAGGCACCAAACGAACUUCCAAUCAAUUGAAACAGUCUUCGAAGCGCUUGAUAAAUGUCAAACGUGAAGUCCAGGUUCUCGCGUACCCCAAGCUGCAAUCGCACAGUUGUCUAAUCUCAGCCAUCGUGGAUCGCUGGAUCUUGCGGAUGUAUCCUAACCUCGUGUCAGUUUAG